UGGGUUGGACCAGUAGUUCCUGGGUGCAACUCAUCAGAUAACAAAUAAGCUCUCCCAAUCUUAUUUUUCUAACCAAACAUGAAAGCAUCAAGCUCUGAGCUUGAAGCAGAAACCUUGUCUGCAGAUGAAUCAGACACCAACAGCCAAGUUGGUUCCAAUAUGUCCGUCCAUCGAACCUCUCCGGACCCUUUCAAGGAGAGCACCGCCUCCUCCUGCCUUACAGACACCAUUAAGCUUCAACAUGAUCCCAGGCCUGUCUCUCUCGAUUUAAGCCUCGGCCUCAAAACACAUGCAGACGGCAGGAAGGAGUCAGUGGAGCGCUCUCAUUAUCGAACACCUGUGAGAGUAGCAGCAGCAGAGAUGCAGCAGCAGCGCACCUCUGUCCCGAGAGUUUUCUCCUGCAACUACUGUCAACGCAAGUUCUUCAGUUCAAAGGCCCUGGGCGGGCAUCAGAACGCGCACAAGAGAGAGAGGACAUUUGCAAAUCGAGCCAUGCGGAUGGAAAUGUUCUUCCAGAGGUACCCAAGUAACCCAGCAGCAUCAUUGCCCCUACAUGGGUCAGCAUGCCGCUUCCUUGGGAUCAAACCUCGCUUCCCUGUGCGCUACGGCGCUGCGUUACCAGAGAGAACUGGUGCCAGGUUCGAACAUGACUACUUGGGGCCACCAGUGGUGGUGGAGGAUGAUGAGGCAGAACUGUUUUGGCCUAGGAGCUUUCGACAAGUACCUGAGGGAGUUACUGGACACCCAGGUUUAUUUGAAUGGUCAGGAAGCUCAUCCUUCAAUUUUGUAACAGUAGCUUCAGUUGCAGAGGCAGAUUCACCCCCACCAGAUCUCACACUGAGGCUGUAAGAGGUCCCUUUCUUUUUGCAUUCAAUUGUUGCAGUACUAUAUAUGUAUUCUCUCUCACGUACAGUACUGAGAAAAACAUGAGCUAUAGUACAAGCUUUCCUUUCAUUUCUGAAUGAUGUUUUAUGAGAGCUAGAUACUUGAUGAGGGGAAGUUUCAGUUUGUGUUUAAUUUGUAUGGUAGAGAUAUGCACUCUCCUCAGUGCCUAUUAAGUGUCUUAUCAUCUUGUCCAUCUAAAUUUCCUCUUGUUGUUAGAUGCCAGUAACUUUCAGAUGGUGAAACCAACAUCUUAAAGCCAUGAAAAUGGUGGAUGCAA